UCUGAGAUUUGAUUAGCAGCGAGCAGCAAAAGGAAGGAGGAGAGAAAUGGCAGCAGCCUCAUCAGUCAUGGCUUCAUUGAGCUUGAAACCUUCGGGAUUCACCGUUGAGAAAACGGUAGCAGGCAGGGGACUUCCUUCUCUAGCUCGGACUUCUUCUCUCAGAGUUGAAGCCAGUGGUGGGAAGAAGAUCAAAACCGAUAAACCUUAUGGUAUUAACGGUGGCAUGAGCUUGAGGGAUGGCCUCGAUGCCUCUGGAAGGAAAGGAAAGGGAAAGGGUGUUUACCAAUUUGUUGACAAGUAUGGUGCCAACGUCGAUGGAUACAGGUAUUUUCCCAUUUUUUCUUCUGCUCACAUCGACUCAAUAUGCAUCUUCAUUUAUAAACACACAUAUAUCUUCAAUGUCAUGUUAGCUAUACAGUGCAAAUUCAUUUUAACACUUGUUGAGCUAGUAUUGGCAGUAAAUUUUCACUUUAAAUAUGUUGCUGAAUUGGGUGAAAACCCUGUAAAGCAUUGAUAAAAGUUGCUUGUG